AUGCUUUAACCAAAAAUGAUAGAAUUAGAAGAUUAGCUUAACUGCAGCUAGAAACAUAAUUAACCAAUACUUAUGGUUAUUUUUGAUAAUAAGUUAAAGGGAGAAGAAUGUCUUUUGUGUGCAGAAUGCAUGGAAAACUUUGAAUCAGAAAGUAAAAUGAUUGGAUUUAAAAAGACACUUAGAAUGAUUGAAGAAAAUCAAAAAUGUAAAUUAGAAAAUAUGUAAAGAUUAAUCAAACUCAAUUAAGAUAUGGUCGAAUCGUUGAUCAGCUAAAUUCAUAAGCUAAAAUCGGACCUUAAUUAAUUAUUGGAUGAAUUGAUAUCAAAUUCUAUAGACUGGAUUAAAAGCCUUAACGAUAUUGGAUAAGCUAAUACAACUUAUAGUUUCCUUGACGAAUUAGAUGUAUUAAUUAAUGGACCUAAAGAAAAAAUAUUGAAUUAAGAAUCAAUUAUUGAAUAAAUUAAAAUAAAUAACUAUUCGCUUUGUGCCAAAAUAAAUAUCAAAUUAACCAAUCUUUAAAAUUAAGAUUUGUAUUAAUAAUGUGAAAACACAUUGAGGAAUAUCAUGUCAUAUCCACAUCUAAAAUCAUUUGAUAACUCAAUUCAUUAACAAGAGGAGUGCUAUGCACUAUCUUUUAAUGGAUCUGGAUCACUCAUGAUAUCUGGCAGUAAUUGUGAUAUUAAAGUAUGGAACUUUUAGUAAGAAACCUUGAGCGAAAUUACUACUCUUAGCGGCCACAAUUCGGCGAUUACUUGUCUUAUAUUUAGUAAAAAGAGCAAUAGUUUCUUAUCAGCCAGUUAUGAUUAAUCUAUCUGUUGUUGGAGUUAAAUAAAUGAUCAAGAAUGGAAGUGUUCCUAGUUCUAUUAGCAGCAUACUAAUUGCAUAGAAUGCUUGAUUUUGAAUCAAGCUGAAAACCAACUCAUUUCUGGAGGAAGAGAUUGCUAAAUUAAAAUUUGGAAAGUUGAUUUUUUAAAGAACGAAUUAUGCUAUUUAUAUUCAUUAAAUGAGCAUGAGAACGAUAUUUGUAGUUUAUGUUUAAAUGAAUCUGAGAAUACUUUGGUUUCUUUGGAUACUAUCUAAAUAUUAAUUUGGAAGAUGGAUGAUUAACAGAAUUGGUAAUUUGAUAAUGUAGUUACAUAAGCAAUCCAAUCACCUAGAUCGAGGUUGUGUUUUAUCAAUAAUCACUAAUUGAUUUUGGUGACGCGAAACGAAGUAGAAGACUUAAUUUGCAUUUUGGAUAUAUAAAAUGGAAAAAACCAACAAUUUUAAAUUAUUGAAGAAUUAAAAUUAAUUAAAAAUGAUGAAUUGGGAGAUACAAGUUUAUUUCCUAUCUGUUAUAACAAAGAAAAGUAGAUCAUUAUCUUCAAAUAUAAAUUACACGUUUACUUUAUUAAAAUAUCAAAUGAAGGUACAUUAAAAUUGCUCUCUCAGAUAGAUUAUUAAACAUCAUAUAUUUUUGGAACAUUAACUAAUGAUGGAAAAUAUUUAGUAAUUUGGGAGUAAGUUGGAAAGAAGUUUGAUUACUAUGAAAUAUAAGUAAAUUGA